UCAGCAGCUUUACCCAUUGUCCGUCCUUUGUUAUCUUCGACCUCACUCGAGCCGUUGACCGUACUCUAUUGUUACUGGAGCAGGCGGACAGCUGUGCCCAAUGGCCGAACUGACCGCUCACUACGUCCCGCUGGAUGUGACUCUCCCUCCUGUCCCAUCCACGCAAAUCUUCACCGACCAACAAUGGACCACCCUCAUGGCCUUGGCCGACACGGUCAUUCCUUCGAUCCGUAGCCCCACAGCGUACAAGUCGGCCUCGACCAAGGUGAUACCGCAUUCCGACCUGAAUCGAACUCUCUCAACAUUGACCAGAAGCAUUGCCUCCCCGGACGCUGCUACCAUUGCCAUCCAGUACCUAGAGGAAGACGCAUCGUCCAAUCCUCGGUUCCGGGAGGGGCUGGAGCGCCUCUUCUCUCAAUAUGUGCACGAAGAAGGGAGAAAUGGCCUGGCGUUUAUCCUGAAUGCGCUCAAUACCCGAGCUGGUUCACUCGUCUUGACAGGGUCCGUGACCCCCAUUCAGGAUCAGCCCAUCUACAUUCGUGAAGAGAUCAUCCGCGGAUGGGAGACUUCCCGGCUAAGCCCGCUGAGAGCCGUUUAUCGGGCUCUCACGGGGAUCUUCAAGCGGACGUGGGUGACGUUCAGCCCGACUCUUUGCCCGGUCAUCGGCUUCCCGAGGGUGCCAGUUCACGGAAAACCCGCCAAUGGCUGCAAGUACAGCUUCCUACAAUUCCCCUCCGCAGAUGAACCUGAGAUCAUCGAGACCGACGUGGUCAUUGUGGGUAGUGGUUGUGGUGGCAGCGUGGCGGCGAAGAAUCUCGCCGAAGCAGGUCAUAAAGUCCUGGUGGUAGAAAAGUCAUACCAUUACACGUCGAAUCAUUUCCCCAUGAACUUCAAUGAGGGAUUUGUGAGCAUGUUCGAGGGAGGAGGCGCCGUUGCGACUGAUGAUGGCUCCAUGGCUAUCCUGGCUGGUUCAACCUGGGGUGGCGGUGGCACCGUCAACUGGUCCGCUGCUCUACAGACGCAGGGUUUUGUGCGCGAGGAAUGGGCGAAAAAGGGACUGCCAUUUUUCACUUCGAUGGAAUUUCAGAAAUGCCUGGAUCGCGUCUCAGAGCGGAUGGGGGUUGACACUGAGCAUAUCAAGCACAACACGGCGAACCGCUUCCUACUGGAAGGCGCUCGGCGAUUGGGCUACGCCGCAAAGACCGUGCCGCAGAAUACAGGGCACACGGAGCAUUAUUGUGGCUAUUGUACCCUCGGCUGCCACUCGACCGGGAAAAAGGGCCCAACGGAGACGUUUUUGGCCGAUGCCGGCGCCGCAGGCGCGACAUUCGUCGAAGGGUUUCGUGCAGACAAAGUUCUGUUUACCGACACUAAAGAUGGUCAGGUGGCAUCAGGUAUCGAGGGCGUCUGGAAAUCUAUGGACGCGUAUCUAUGCCGCUCAGGUGUAACUGCCAUCCGGCGAAAGGUCAUUAUCAAGGCGAAGCGGGUUGUCAUCUCCUGCGGCACGCUGCAGAGCCCCCUGCUGCUCCUACGGAGCGGACUGAAGAAUCCUCACAUUGGUCGGAACCUCCACCUACAUCCUGUCGCUAUCGCGGGUGUGGUGAUGGAUGAGGAGAUCCGCCCUUGGGAAGGUGCUGCGCUGACCACUGUCGUCAACGAGUUCGAAAAUCUGGAUGGGCAUGGGCAUGGCGUUAAGAUCGAAGCUCUGUCAAUGUUACCCGCUGCCUUUCUUCCUAUCUUCCCGUGGCGCAGUGGUCUUGAUUACAAGAUGUGGGCCCACAAGCUUCCUCGAACGGCCGGCCUGAUCAUGCUCUCCAGGGAUCGAGACUCUGGGCGAGUCUAUCCCGAUCCUGUCGAUGGACGAUGCCGGGUCGACUAUACGGUUUCGACCUUUGACCGGAAACACAUUGCGGAGGCCUUGGUCGCUAGUGCGAAGAUGGCAUUUGUUUCUGGCGCAAAGGAGUUUCACACGACAUGGCGCGAAAUGCCCCCGUUCAUCCGCCCUGAGGAGUCUGAUGCGGAGGAUCUAGAAGGCGCAAAUAACGCGGCCCUCCAAGCGUGGAUCGCGGAAUUCCGGCGCAAGAGACCUCUCGACCCGGAGCGGACCAUGUUUGCCAGUGCACACCAGAUGGGCACGUGUCGCAUGGGCAAGACUCCCAGGACCAGCGUUGUGGAUUCGGAUUGUCAGGUCUGGGGCACCCGGGGCUUGUAUGUGGUGGAUGCGUCGGUGUUUCCCAGCGCCAGUGGCGUUAACCCGAUGAUCACCAAUAUGGCCAUCGCCGACUGGGCCAGUCGAAAUCUUGCCCGAUCCUUGCGCAAGGAUAGCGACAAGACCGUCCUGGCCCGUUUGUAAUGAGGACAAGGAACAAUUUCAUCCCGGCCCCUUCGUUUGUGCAUUCAUACUCGAUAUAUUGAUACUUGGAACCGCGGGUUGUGGCUGGCUCCAUGAUGGUUCAUAUUGCUAGCCGUGCAACUACUCUAUUCA